AACCACCUCCCGGCUGACAUUUGAGCCCUGCUUUCCGCACGGUCAAGCCUUUCAGAGGCAGCCAGCGUAUGGCUUGUAUCAAACUCUAUAUUUAGGAAGAACAACUGUGAGCUAUGACAGGAAUUCUCUUUAACACUUAGCCUUAACGGUUUAAGUUCCCCUCCAGCCCCGAGCCAGGAGCAGCUCUCAAUACCGGGAGAGGCACAGAGCACUCCAGCUAUUUCAGCCACAUGAAAAGCAUCGGAAUUGAGAUCGCAGCUCAGAGGACACCGGGCGCCCCUUCCACCUUCCAAGGAGCUUUGUUUUCUUGCACCUGGCUGCCUGGGACUUUUCCUUAGGCAGUAAACAAGUACAUAAAGCAGGGAUAAGACUGCAUGAAUAUGUCGAAACAGCCAGUUUCCAAUGUUAGAGCCAUCCAGGCAAAUAUCAAUAUUCCAAUGGGAGCCUUUCGGCCAGGAGCAGGUCAACCUCCCAGAAGAAAAGAAUGUACUCCUGGAGUGGAGGAGGGUGUUUCUCCCAUCUCAGAGGAGGAGAAGAAGCCAAUUCCAGGAGCAAAGAAACUUCCAGGACCUGCAGUCAACCUAUCGGAGAUCCAGAAUAUUAAAAGUGAGCUAAAAUAUGUUCCCAAAGCUGAACAGUAGUUGGAAGAAAAAAGGCGUGAUGUGAAGAAUUAAAGAGGAAGAGGAUGGAUUCAAAUGAAUAUAGCUCACUAAAAUUUUAUAUAUUUGUAUGAUGAUUACGAACUUCCUGAAUGCCUGAGAUUCUAGCAGAAAUGUCCUGUUUGUACAUUUAUAUAUCUUCCUUCUAGUUGGCUGUAUUUCUUACUUUAAUUUAUCUUCACUUUUGGCACCUCGCAAAACAAAUUAGCCCAUAAAUUCACCACCUGGAGGGUAUGGUUUUGAGGAGGGAUAUGAUUUUAUGGAGAGUGAUAUGGCAAUGUGCCUAAUGAUUUUGAUGGAAAGUUUCCAAGCUAUUUCCUACAGUAUUUUAGUCAAUAUUUGGAAAGUGUUUUAGUUCUUCACCUUUUAAAUUAUGUCAAUAAACUUUUUAUGAGUUCAAAUAAAUAUUUGAGUAAAUGUAAAA